CUUGCUUGAGCUGCCCCCUCUCUCUUCCCUCUGUGGAUUUCUUAGCUUUCUUUUUUGGGUUUCUCAGCCUUUUUAUUUUUUCUCACCUGGACUUCAUAUUUUUAUUUUAAGCUUUUUUUUUUGUCGAAUUUACCACCCCUUCCCCUUAGUCUGCCACUGUAAUCAUCACCUUCUGUACUCUGUUGUCUACAGGACCCCUGCUACUGAAACUUUCUCUCUUCUCUCUCUCUCUUCUCUCAGUCUAUCUGUGUAUAUCUUUAUAUACACAUAAGUGGAUAGAAAGGAGAGGGUUAUUGGGUAGUUGGAGAGGUUUAGAGAAAAAACCAUCUUAUUGUCUGUAUUUUCCUCUAUGUUUUGAUUGCAUGGGAGAGGUUCUCCGCUCUUGAUGGUUUUCUAAGAGAGAUAGAUAGGAAAGAGAUAUAUCUGAAUUGCGUUGCAGAGUUGUUCAGACAAGGAAUCCAUGGCUAGAUAGUGACUUGGAGAAUAACCCAUCAUCAUCAUACUCUUCACGAGAUUUUGCUUUUGCCACCCAAUGAAUGAUGCCUUUCUGUAUCUACAUGUCACCGCGCUCUCACCUGUUUAGUAACAAAGCUGUGUUUUAGUUGUGUCCAAAGCUUGGAUUCUCUAUUUCUGGGCUACCCUUUGCUGCUGUCUUUCUUGUUAUUUCUUCAAAAGGUGCAAAGUGGUCACUCUUGAACAAGAGCUAAUAAGUGGAACAAGAUAUCAAACAAACGAGGAGAGAGAUCAGACUAUUCCUCUGGGGUUUUCUCUUGUUUUUCUUUCUUGGAGUUUUCUUCUUCACAGGCAUGUUUCCUGCAGCUAUGUCCAAUUCUACUUCUUUGUCUGAGGAAGCUAGUGUUUCUUCUGGUACAAGAGUUCAAGACUUUGGUGGCUUAAAUCCUAUUGUUUCAACCAUUUCUCCUCAGACUCAGCCACAAAAAGUUAAGAAGAAGAGAAGCCUCCCUGGAAACCCAGACCCAGAUGCUGAAGUGAUUGCUUUAUCUCCAAAGACGCUAUUGGCUACCAACAGAUUUGUAUGUGAGAUCUGUAACAAAGGUUUCCAGAGAGAUCAGAACCUCCAGCUUCACAGAAGAGGUCAUAACCUUCCAUGGAAGCUGAAGCAAAGAAACAGUAAAGAGAUAAAAAAAAGAGCCUAUGUUUGCCCUGAGCCUACAUGCGUCCACCACCAUCCUUCAAGGGCUUUAGGUGAUCUUACUGGCAUCAAGAAACACUAUUGCAGAAAACAUGGAGAGAAAAAGUGGAAGUGUGAGAAAUGCUCAAAGAUCUAUGCUGUUCAAUCAGAUUGGAAGGCUCACUCUAAGACCUGUGGAACAAGAGAAUACAGAUGUGAUUGUGGAACCCUUUUCUCAAGGAAGGACAGCUUCAUAACUCACAGAGCAUUUUGCGAUGCAUUAGCUGAAGAAAGUGCAAGACUCUCAGCCAACCAACUGGCCUCCACUGCCACAAUUCCAGCUCUCCAUAAUUUUCCAUCCCAAACCAACCCCAGCCCGUCUUCUCUUUUCCCUUUCCAAACCCACAUCUCCCUCAACCCAUGGGACUCUACUACAACCCCAAACCCUAACCCUAAUAACCCACUUCAUGUCAAGCCCGAGUCUCACCAUUUCUCACCAUUCUACCAAGAGCAGCAGCCGCCUCGGCAGCCACCCAAGGCCCUCAUCACCUCACCCUUCCAAAGCCUCCAUGUCAGCAACAACCCUUCCUCCAAUGCUGCCAUGUCGGCCAUUCCUCACUUGUCAGCCACUGCACUUCUUCAAAAGGCUGCCACCGUUGGUGCAACCGCCACGCAGAUAAACAACAACAAUAACAACAACAUGGCGAGUCAUGUCUCCCCAGAUUUCAUGGGUUUCGCAGCUGGAAACCUGGUCACGUGGCAGAAGAGUAGCGACCGUUUCACCAGGGACUUUCUAGGUUUGACUGGAGACCAUCAACACCCCCAUCACGACCAUGGAGGUGGCAAUGGGAAUGUUAACAUAAGCAUGAACGUGAGGGAUGUGCUAACGUACGCCGGGGGAGUGGAGUUGCAGCACCUUGAGAGAAACCACUCGUUGUUGAAGCCCCAAGGUUUUGGAUUCGCUGAGCCUGCCUCGGAAACAUGGGGUGAUUGUUGAAGGAAAAAUAAAAACCAAAGAUAUUGAUAAAACCAGUGAAAAAAAAAAAGGG